AUGAAGUUCACCUCAGCCAUCCUCCUCUUGAGUCCUCUGUUGGCAUCCGCCCUCUCAUUCCCAUCGAGCUCUGAUCGCAAAGUUCUCGACGACCAGCACAAGGUCCCAGGCAGCCAGCCUCUCACCUUCUGCAAAGACCCUGCAGACUACAUCCUCGACGUCCACAAUGUCGACCUGAUUCCCAACCCACCUGUACCAGGCGAGAAGCUCAUAAUUAGAGGCAAUGGUACUUUCAACCAAGAGAUUGAGGACGGCGCAAGCGUUUACUUGCAGGUCAAGUAUGGCUUGAUCACUCUCAUCAAGCAAGAUGCGGAUAUGUGCGAGCAGUUGCCAAAGAUUGACAUUGAAUGCCCGAUUAAGAAAGGUUAUAUGGAAAUCUACAAGGAGGUCAAUAUUCCAAGACAGGUCCCACCAGGGAAGUACACCGUUCUGGCCGACGUCAAGACCAAGGAUAAGGAGCCGAUCACAUGUAUGGAAGCCGUUGUUGUGUUUCCCAGGUAG